AUGCCUCUGUCCGGCUCGCUAGAUGCGGCGCGAACCGGCCGGGCCAGUCAUCUCCUCAGUCCGGUCCAUCGGCCGCGCCUUCAGCAGGUCAAACCGGACAGUCUGCCCCAUCCCAUCCAUGCAACCCGAAUCGAAGCCGUAAGUCAUUAGUCAAUCAUGAUGACAUUCAUUAUACCAGAUUCCAAUUUAUAUUUAAUUAAGCAUUUCAGCUUGCAGACCAAUACACCUGCCGGCCGGUGACGAUUGGCAUAACAGAUGACGAGUUCAUUUUCUAUUCGAGGGCUCUGGUGAAGGUACGUUAUCUUGGCAUAGCUAAGUGAAACCUUCCAGAACCCAACAACAGAAACAGUCUUCAUCGAUGAGAUUGUAGAUGUUCAUAUUGGAAAUCUAAUUGAAUCAUCAAAAGCAAAAAGCGACGCCCAAGUCCAGACCAUGCUAAAUACAUCGGUCUUACCCAUGAACCCGGAAGAAAGAAUAACGGCGUCCGAGAGGAUAGUGACUGUCAUGUACGGCGACUUUAUUCAUCCUCAGCCGUUCGUAUUUAUGGCUCCAACAGGGCCCGAGGCCAAACAUUGGUGUCAAAUCUUACGAAACAUCUCUCUCAAAUAUUAUCAACAUCCUCAGGACGUGUUUUAUUACUGGAGAAGAAUGUUUGCAAAGAUCCGGUGUUGUAUGAGGCCAGAUCAGGUGGUCACUACCGAAUUGUAAGACUACUUUUGGUCUGUGAAUUACUGAACGAUUACUUUCAGAAUUCUGGAUACAGUAAUGCCUUGGUUGUCCAAACAAAGGGAAGAACGUCGUCUUCUUGAGAAACAACUGCAGAGACAUCUUCCGGUCCUCAAGGACAAGAAACGGAACUCAGCCAAUUUGUUGAAGGAUCCGGAGUUUCUUCUCAAGUUGUAUAAAGUAAUAACUGGAAGAAAAGAAGUGGAUGAGAUCUUCUCUAAAGCUUUUUCCCAUUCCAAUGCUUCUGUUGCCGAAUUCAGAACAUAUCUAAAUGAGGAGCACCGAGAUAAACGACUGAAUGAGAUCCUUUUUCCUCCCGUAUCGGAAGAAUAUGCAGCCCGGACAAUCAGAAAAAAUCGGGUCGGGUCAGGUGGGUGAAAAAUAAAAAUAUCACUCACCAAUAAUGUAGACCAAUAAUUGCUUUGAAUUUAGACGACGGACUUACGAAUGAUACAUACCUCCGCUUUCUGCUGUCUGAGUACAAUGUGCCUGUCAGGAUGGAUGCUUUUGAUCUGAACGAAGAUGACAUGAACAAGCCACUCUCUCAUUAUUUCAUCAACUCUUCCCACAACACAUACCUCAAAGGUAAUUAUUUUUGAAUUUACAAUCAUUUCAAGGCCGUCAAAUGAAAAGUCGUUCAUCUGUGGCCAUGUAUCGUUAUGCCCUUCUGUCCGGAUGUCGUUCCAUUGAAUUAGAUUGUUGGGAUGGCCCCAACAACGAGCCCAUUAUCACCCACGGCCCUACUCAUAUAUGCUUUUGCACAACGAUUCCUUUUAAGGAAGUCAUCCAUGCAAUCGCAGAUACCGCGUUUGUGACUUCAGAGUAUCCAGUAAUACUCUCUUUUGAGAAUCACUGCAAUCAAAAGCAGCAGAUCAAGAUGGCCAAAUACUGUAAAGAAAUUUUGGGAAAUCUUUUGCUGACGGAGACUCUAGAUGACUAUCCUGUAAGUCAUCACGACUACUCUCGACGCUUCAUGUUUACUUUUCAGAUCAAGGCCGGCGUAAAUUUACCAUCGCCGAACGUUUUAAAACGUAAAAUUUUAAUAAAAAACAAGAUCGAAAAGAUCAGCAAUGACAAAAGAGCCAUGGACAAACAAACCUCAAUCGAUUCGGGAGGGACAGAAGAUGACACGAUAGAGAGAUCGGUUACCCGGAUAUUCAUUGGGGAGACCGAAGAAGAAGAUCAGAUCGAGAAAGCGGCUCGCCUCAACGGGAACCUGGAAAAUGUGAGAUAUUACGUGAGCCUUUAUUACGUUUUUCGAAAAAAAUUACGUAUGAAAUAUAACACUGGCUAUUAAUCCCACGGCAUUAAGUGAUCGGAAAAUAUCGAAAACAGCAACAGAUAACAUCAAACAAUAUAUCAGUAAAUAACUUCAGAAUCAGCCAUUGGUCACGGAAUUGUCAGAGUUGGUCACAUAUAUGCGAGCGAUGGGAAAGUUUACUUCCUUCGGCGAUUGUGAUUGUAAGCGAGUAAUCAAAUAAUAAACAUAUUUUCUUCAGCCAGACAAAUCAGCUCCGAAAUGUACAGCAUGAAUGAAACUAAAUCCAUCGAUCUGCUAAAACAACAUGCAGAACAGUUUGUGAAUCACAAUAAACGACAAAUAACGAGGGUAUACCCUAAGGGUUCACGUGUCGAUUCUUCCAAUUACAUGCCUCUAAUAUUUUGGAAUUGUGGAUGUCAGAUGGCAGCGAUUAAUCUUCAGACACCCGAUCUUCCAAAUCAAAUGAACACCGCCUUUUUUGACCUGAAUGGCAAGAAAGGCUACAUCUUAAAGCCUGCUUGUAUGCGGAAACCGAAUGCAAAGUUCGAUCCCUUCGAACUCGAUCGGGUGGAGAAUGUGGUUCCAAACUCAUUAACAAUUACCGUAAGUUUAAUAAUGCUGAUUUUUUUAUUUCAUUCAUUCAUAGGUCAUAUCAGGUCAACUGUUUUCAUUAUUAUGCGAGAAAAGACCAUCAAUUUAUGUUGAGGUGGAUCUAUACGGGUUGCCGGGGGAUUCCCACAAGAAGAUGUUCAAGACAAGAGCAACAACUUCUGAUGGCCUCAACACCAUCUUCAAUGAUGGCCAACAAAACUGUACCUUCAGUCUAGAGAAGAUCAUCCUUCCAGCUGUUGCUUUUGUUAGAUUUGGUGUCUAUGAAGACAAUGGUCGUCUAGUUGGCCAGAAUUUUCUACCGGUGUCUUUCAUUCAACCUGGUUACAAACACAUCCCCUUAAAGAACAGCUUCAGUCGAAUCCUUGGCCCAGUCUCUCUUUUUGUUCAUAUAGAUGUCCAAGAUUAUGUCAGCGAUGCCCACAGAGACCUAGUCAAUGCUCUUCAGAAUCCGAUCGAAGCCAUGUCGAAGGUUAAAGGUGAGUAAUCAUCGAAAUGGCAUUAUUUUUAGCGAUGGAAACGGCCUUAGAGAAUCCUACAAACUUUAUAUCUCGAGAAGAACAACAUCAGCGAUUACUGGAGGUCCUUGAGAGUGCAGGAGAAGGAAAGAACAACUCCUUAGAUCAACAAAGUGUUCGUGGAUCUGUGGACGACUUAAGCAAGGAACCUGCAAGUCACAAGAACUCUCUGGUCGAGACUCAAGCCAGUUUCGAUAAGGUAAGCGAUCUCCAUUAUACCUGUUACAGUCAUUUUAGGGCAGUGUAGGGGGCAAGGAAUCACCUCAUACAGCACUCUCUGGGUUCAGUGACAAACGGAAUCAGAUGGAGCGAAAAUAUACUGUACUAUCGGAAUUUGUUGCGAGUCGAAACUCAUUUUACGUUGAGAAGAUGGACGUUGGUCUGCCAAAAUUGUGUGACUUGGAAGACAGUCAGAAAGUUCAAAAGAUAAUUAGGAAUUACAACAAGAAAUACCCAGGACUUUGGGCUGCCUUCGAGUCACAAACCCAAUAUAAUGGUUCUUUAGGGGACAAACAAGCCAUUCAAACAUUGCAAAAGCUGAUUAAAGAGGUACGAGCCAAAGAAAAUUACUGGUAUUAAUACAAUAUUAGUAACCAAAUUGUUAAACUUUCAGAAGAAUGAAGCCAUUUUAAGCCUUAUUGAAUCACAUCGAAAAAGAAUGGUAAAACGGAUCGAAAUGGCAUUCCAGAGUGAAACAAAACAACUCCAGAAGAUCAACGCGAAGUCCAGAUUGGAAGAGUUAAGUGGGAUAAACAAGAAAAGCAAUCCCAUCGAAUACAAACGAUUAUCCGAUAAAUAUGUUCGACGAGGUGUAGAAGAGAACAGGAAGCUUUUGGUAAUAAAGAAUAAGAAGAUUGACGAACUCAAUGAACAUGUUCAUGUCCAGAAGAUUGAACUGGCACAACAGACGGAAGAAGUAAGUAUUUCCACUCUUUCUUAUUGAUCUGAACAACCAUUACAUUGAUCUAGACAAUUCCAGUCACUUAACAAAACGGGAAAGAUAUUUAACACUUAA